CUCAAUCACCAUGGUGUUGUGUUAGAUAAACACAGAAAAUAAUGCAAAUCUUCAAACUGUUGUGAUAGACAUUGGCAAGAAGCUUGAUGUACUCAUGAAGUUGUUGUCACAACCAACCAAGGAUGGAGCGGGAUCAACUUUCAAUCCAUCAUGCUCACGAGUGGUGUAUCCGACAGUGUUGCAUCAUCGCGAGUACCGCGGAAGAGGGUCAUGGGAGAAGCUGCUAUGCUUGUAGAAGAAUCUCAUCAUUGCUUCCAUGAUGGAUAUGGUUGGGAUCGAGAGCAAGGAUUCCCUCGUGUACUAAAUCAAAUCGUGCUGCUGAUGUUUCUCAAGCCUUUGUUCGAGGAAGUUUCUUAUUGGAAAAUUAAUGUUCACCUCAUAUUUCUGUCUGCUCCAAUUAUACUCCUCACUCCUGAUAUCAUGAUUGUUGAUAUAGGUGUUUGGAGUUUAAACUGCAAGGAGAGAGUAAAGAUCUUUCCUUGGUGGAAGAAGAUAGGGAAAGGGAUGACAGUGAUUGCUCGUCGGAUGAAAAAUGGAGCAGGUGCUGGUGGCAGAAGUGAGGCAGCCGAAAACCAGGCUUGGCCAACUACUGCAUGUAUUCUAAGCUUCAAUUCGAGACUGAUAGCUUUCCUGGGAAAGGACAUUGAAUGCCCCUUACUACCAUGUACGUAUAUGUUUUUGGACCUUUGGCCGAUUCUGUAG